AUGCCGGGGUCUGAAGACAACACGACGGAACUCGGGGAAAUAGAGAACGUUAGGGUUGUGGUCCGCGUUCGACCUUUAAAUGGAAAGGAGUUGGACGGGCAUUCGAAAAAUAUAGUACGCGUCGAUACUAUAAAUAGUGAAAUAACUGUUGAAAAUCCCAAUGCUGCGCAAGGAGAACCACCAAAAGUUUUCUCUUUUGAUGCUGUCUUCGACACUGAUUCAACACAGGUUGAUAUAUAUAAUUUAACUGCAAGACCUAUCGUGGACAAAGUUCUGCAAGGAUACAAUGGGACCAUAUUCGCGUAUGGACAAACCGGCACUGGUAAAACUUAUACCAUGUCGGGGGCCAAAACAUCUCCACAGCUUAGAGGUAUCAUUCCAAAUAGCUUUGCUCAUAUAUUUGGGCAUAUAGCUAAAGCUCAUGACAACCAGAAGUUUCUUGUACGGGCAACAUACUUGGAGAUCUAUAAUGAGGAAGUUAGAGAUCUACUGGGUAAAGAUCAAAAUACAAGACUGGAAGUGAAAGAAAGACCUGACAUUGGAGUAUUUGUCAAAGAUCUUAGUGGUUACGUUGUAAAUAAUGCUGACGAUUUAGAUCGAAUUAUGUCUCUCGGUAAUAAGAAUCGUGUUGUGGGAGCUACAGCAAUGAAUGUAUCAAGUUCUAGGUCCCAUGCAAUAUUUACAAUCACAGUCGAGUCUAGUCAACUUGGAGAAGAUGGUGAACAACACGUUAAAAUGGGCAAAUUACAUUUAGUUGAUCUAGCUGGUUCAGAAAGACAAAGCAAAACAAAAGCCUCUGGAGUUCGUUUAAGAGAAGCAACAAAAAUUAAUUUGUCUCUUUCGACAUUAGGUAAUGUAAUAUCUGCAUUGGUUGAUGGUCAAAGUUCACAUGUGCCUUACAGAAAUUCCAAACUGACACGAUUGCUUCAAGACUCUCUGGGUGGUAACUCAAAAACAUUAAUGUGUGCUAAUGUAAGUCCGGCGGAUAUAAAUUAUGACGAAACUAUAAGCACUCUCCGUUAUGCAAACCGUGCGAAAAAUAUUAAAAAUAGAGCGAGGAUCAAUGAAGAUCCAAAAGAUGCUUUACUUCGUCAAUUUCAAGUGGAGAUUGAACAAUUACGAAAACAGUUGGAAGAAAACGGUGCUGAAAUCUCAGAAUCCGACGACGAGUCUGAAAAUUCUCAAGAAACAGGAGAAACCAAACACGAAAAGAAAGCAAGGCGUAGAAGAAGUCAAAUACUAACAAUGGAAGAAUUAGAAGACAGAGAUGCAGAUUCCACGGAGAAGAUUGACAAAGCUGAGAGAGAGGACAAGAGUCCUGAUGACAAGGAUGUUAUAGAAUUAAAAAGAACUCAGAGUGAAAAGGAAGCACUACGAGAGAAGAUGCAAAAUUUACAAAAUAAGAUUUUGGUCGGAGGCGAAAACUUGUUGGAAAAAGCUGAGGCUCAAGAACAAUUAUUAGCCGCCGCAGCAACUGAACUUGAACAACGUAAGAGCAGAGAAGAACAACUUAAAAAAGCCAUUGAAGCGAAGGAAGCCGAACGUAUCGACAUAGAAGAGAAAUAUUCUUCCCUGCAAGAAGAAGCGGCUGGAAAAACAAAAAAAUUAGCCCGAGUGUACACAAUGUUAAUGUCUGUUAAAGCAGAAUUGUCUGACUUACAACAAGAACAUCAAAGAGAAAUGGAAGGGCUCUUGGAAGGUGUCAGAGGUAUUGGAAGAGAGUUACAGCUUCAAGAGUUAUUAGUAAACAGUUACAUUCCUGUGCAAUAUCAAACGAUGAUCGAAAGAUAUGUUCAUUGGAAUGAAGACAUUGGAGAAUGGCAAUUAAAGUGCGUAGCAUAUACUGGUAACAAUAUGCGGAAAGCUCAAGCAACUCCAACCGUAGGAAGCAACAAAGAUCAAACGCAACCGGAUAUGUCAAAUAUAUAUCUUUCUUACAAUACUGGAAUCGACAAUACUUUUGUGCAACCGAAAAAAAUAAGAGGCCGGUCAGGUGUCCCAAGGCCAACUACGGCACACAGACGUACUCCGCAUUAAAAGUACAUUUAAACUAUAAAAUGAUAGACAUAUUUAUUUUUC